AUGUCCGAUUUAGAGCAACAAUAUAGCAUCUCUGAACCAGAGAUGGUACCAGGGACCAUCCAACUUAUUGAUGUCCUUGGUAAUUUAAACGUGAAAAAGAAUGAAGAAUCAGGGAACAUCAUCCUUCAACCACAACCCACUUCAAAUAUCAACGACCCAUUACGGUGGUCAAAGUUUAAAAAGAAUUUUCAAUUUUUUUUAGUAUGGAUAUGGUGUUUUAUGUUUGCCGUGACUACCAAUUUCUAUGGUCCUUUGUUUGAUGUAUGGGUUGAAGAUUUAAGUUGUACCUAUGACCAACUAGGUAUUAGCGUUGCUAUCUGUUUCAUGUUUCUUGGAGUGGGAGUGUUGAUUGUCCAACCCACCGCUUUGAAACUUGGGAAAAGAUUCACAUACUUGUCAUGCACUGUUCUCGGUAUAAUAGGUUGUGUUCUUGGAGCUAAGGCUAAUACUAUUGGAAACAUUUAUUUAUAUCAAGCAUUUACCGGGUUUGCUGCUGCCCCAGUUGACUCAUUAGCUGAAAUCACAUCAACAGAUAUUUACUUCCAACACGAAAGAUCAACAGCAUUUGGGUUGGUAAUUCUUGCUCUUUAUGCUGGGAGUUAUUUAGGACCAGUAGCUUGUGGAUAUGUUGUGGAUGGUAUUGGAUGGAGAUGGUGUUUCUACUUACAGAUUAUAAUCUAUGUGGUCAUAUUCUUUUUCUUUUUAUUUACUAUGGAAGAAACUUCAUUUAGAAGGGACUCUGAUGCUGAAGAUGAGUUCGAAGAGGCUAUUAUUACCCAAACCAAAUCACCUAAAAUGCAGAAUAUCACCCUGAUCAAGGAAGAAAUCGAUGAAAACUCCAUUGACAACAGUUCAAUUGAUGAAUCCAUACCUAAACUAACUUAUAAACAACGCAUGAGAAUAAUUCAUACUGAGUAUAAUGACCCCAGAUCAUGGCUAUGUAUCUUCUACCGUCCUUUCUUCUUGGUUACUUUCCCUGCAGUUAUGUGGGGUGGGUUAGUCUACGGAGCUCAAAUGAUGUGGUUAUCCUUGAUCGGUAACUCCCAAAGUAUAAUAUAUGGAGCAGAUCCUUAUAAUUUUCUGGCCAAUGGAAUUGGAUUGACUAAUUUAGGUGCAUUUGGAGGGUGUGUAUUUGGGAUGUUGUAUGGUGGUUAUUUUGUAGAUUGGAGUACUAUCAAAUUGGCAACACGUAAUAACGGGAUUUUAGAGCCAGAAUUCAGAUUAUAUAGUAUGAUUGUGCCUACUAUUAUCAAUGCUGCCGGGUUGUUGGCAUAUGGGUUAGGAUCAGCCUAUGGAGCUCAUUGGGCGAUUUCCGUAGUUAUAGGUCAAGGAUUCUUAGGUUUUGCCAUGGGAUCAUCAGGUUCAAUUUGUUUAACAUAUGCUGUUGAUUGCUAUCAUAAAUUGGCCAGUGAAAGUAUUGUGCUUAUCUUGUUUAUUAGAAACAUGAUUGGAAUGAUCUUUUGUUUUGUAUUCAUGCCUUGGUUGGAUGGAUGUGGGUUGAAGUUAACCACAUGGUUAAUGUUUAUGUUAGCUAUACUUAUCAAUGGAAGCUUUGUUGUUCUUGUUAAAUGGGGUAAAGACCUUCGGAGAUGGACUGCUCCUAGUUAUGCAAAGUAUUCUAAUCCUAAGUUUGGAGAAUUGUUUAAGUAA